AUGAACUGCUAUUUCAUCAAUGCAGCCCAUAAGGAAUUCCUCCUGACAAUCGGCGACAAGAGCUGCGCCGAGCGUGAGGGCCAACUUAUCAUUUGGAAGUACGAGAAGGGUCUUCAGAACCAAUUCAUGCUUUUCAAGGAGCGUUUAGUUAACGCCCUCUCCGGACAUCUUCUUGAACCACUCAACCAGGAGGUCGGCUCAAUUGUUAUCCAAGACGGCGUUUACAAACGUGAGGAGAAGUGGGCAUACUAUCCAGAUAUGACAAUCCGCAACUCCAAGGGCCUCGUUCUCGACGUCCAGGGUGGCCGUUUCGAAGAAGGCACACCAAUCAUUCUUUGGAAUUCCAACGGCACAGAGCAGCAGAAGUGGAUUCCAUGCACAGUCCUUGUCACAGGCAGAAAGCACAAGAAGCAUCACUCAAAGAAGGAAAAGAAGCCAGAGCCAGCUCCAGAACCAGCUGAGGAGAAGAAGGAGAGCUCAUCUGAUGACGAAAAGAAGAAGAAGGGAUUCUUCGAGAAGGUCGCUGAUAAGAUCUCUGACGCUCUCUCAUCAUCUUCAUCAUCUGAUGAUGAAAAGAAGGACGCUCCAGAGGGAGAAAAGAAGCACCGCAAGCGCAGACAUCACACAAAGGAUGGCUCUAAGUACAGACAUCGCAAGCACCACUCUCACUCAAAGGAAGGAGAAAAGUAA